AUGAAGUACUCGUUACAGACACUCGUGGCGGUGCUUCUAGGCUUCGUGGCACUCGCAAUAGCAGAACAGGUACAAUUUGAUUUGACCCAGCAGCCUCCUCUAGUCGACAACUCCACCGCAGCCCAGUAUGACAGGUUAUCACUGGAUUCGCUCUUUUGGGGCCCCUACAGAAGCGGAAAUUACCUUGGAAUCCGUCCACGGCUUCCUUUUUCGCUCAUGUCGGGGCUUCUCUGGUUCAAUGUUGAUGACCAGAGUGGGUUUGGUACUUUAAAGCAUAAGUACGAGCAAGGCCACAACGUGACCAAGGCAAAUUGGAUCGAGUUUGAUCCAAGAUUUGGAGGCAGACAGGUGAUUGCCGACGGAGACUGUCACAUUGACAUUACAAUUGACUUUGUCAAAAGUGACAACGGAAAAAAUUGGGCAGUAAAGAUUAAGGCUGACCCUCAUGAAGGUUUCGAGAACACUAGAACGUCUUUCGUUUGGUAUUCGGGCCUUGAAGGAGAAAUGUAUGACGAGGCUCAGGGAAUAAACGUCCCAGACGGGUUUAUUACUUUCGAUAACGAGCCUAGCUCCGUCGGAUACACUGGAACGGUGGGACUUUCUGGCUUUUCCAAAGCUUUGGGCACUUUCGAGUUGAAAAUCAAUGAUGGAGGUGAGCAUACCAACAACAAACAUCCAGAAGUUGACAACUUGAUUAUUCCGGAAUUGGAUCCAAAAUAUACUCACCAUCUCAGUCUCCGCAUCGCCGACGGAAACCUGUGGCGUGGAGACGAGAUCUUCAUCACCUUAUUGCAACAGAGUAUCCAGGACUUCACUGAGAAGUAUCCUGUAGAGUCUAGAGGUUUCUCUGCUGCGCUGGGACUUUUGGUCAGAGAUCUCAACGGAUACGAAGGAAACUUUCACUUGAUCCAGAAAGUCUACGAGGGAGCGUGUGAGUUCGACAUAAUCUAUAACGAUAUGGCCUCACCACCGACGGAAAGAUUUACUUUCGAUGAUCUCAACACACGUGUCGAGGCAACGAUUAAGAAGUUCAACACAAACUUCGACAAGCACUUUCCACUCGCUGGUGCUACACCUGAGGAGAAGGUUUUUGGAAAAGAAUUGCUCUCGGGCCUUUUGGGUGGCCUCUCGUAUUUCUACGGAGACCAUAAGGUCGAUAGAACAACGCUGAUUGAAGAAGAGGUGGAAUUAAACGAGGAGGGUGAUGAAGAAGUUCAUCUUCCUAAAUUCAAGGGCCAGUUCGAGGGUCCCUAUGAGUUGCUUACAUUGGUUCCUUCCAGACCUUUUUUCCCAAGAGGUUUCUACUGGGAUGAAGGGUUCCAUUUGCUCCCAUUACUUGACUAUGACACCGACUUGGCAUUGGAAAUCAUCAAAUCAUGGUUCAACUUAAUCGAUAAGGAAGGAUGGAUUGCCAGAGAACAGAUUUUGGGUAUGGAGGCCAGAGCAAGGGUUCCUGCCGAGUUUAUCGAUCAGAGCACAGCGAUAGUUAACCCACCAACUAUUAUGCUUGCAUUUACAUAUUUGCUCGAUAAAGCCAAUCUCCAAUCCGACAACAAACCAGUGGAUUUGGAUGCCAUUGAGGGCGAUAUUUCCAGGGAAAAUCUCGGUAAUAUUGUGGUGACUAAUCCAUCUUUGUUGGCCAACUACACCAGAGAAAUAUAUCCAAAGUUGAAAUUACAUUUCGACAGUUUCAGAAAGUCCCAACAAGGGUACGUGGAGGAAUUCGAUAGAGGUGACAACACCGAGGCAUAUAGAUGGCGUGGAAGAACGCUGACCCAUUGUCUCGCCUCAGGUCUUGAUGAUUACCCUAGAUAUUUGCCCAUUGACACUGCCGAAUUGAACGUUGAUCUUUUGUGUUGGAUCGGAGUGAUGACCAGAUCGAUCAAGAGGAUCGCUGAGCUAUUGGAGAUCGAUAAUGACGUCAAGUUGUAUACCAAGAUUGAAAACGAUAUUUCUGAGAAUAUCGCCAAAAUACAUUGGUCCGAGGAAGAAAAAUGUUACUGUGAUGUGUCUCUCGACGAAAACGAAGAAGAUGUUCAUGCUUGCUACAAGGGCUACAUUUCUCUCUUCCCAUUCUUGACCAAGUUCAUUCCUCCUCUGGAUGUGCACAAACUCGAGAGUGUUGUUGAUCUCAUCUCUGACCCCGAGGAGCUUUGGAGUGACUACGGAAUCAGAUCUAUCUCCAAAUCAAGUGAGUUCUACCGCACUGGCGAGAACUACUGGAGAUCACCUAUCUGGAUGAACAUUAAUUACUUGGUGCUCGACAAUUUGCGGUACUACUAUGAUAAUUCAAGGGAAUUUUUGUCCCCAGAGCUCAAAGAGAAGAUUGAGACCACUUACACGCAGCUUCGGCACAAUAUCAUCUCCAAUGUCAAGAGUGAGUGGGAGAGAUCUGGAUAUGUUUGGGAAAGUUACGAUGACAAAACCGGAACAGCUAAGGGAGCCAAGAACUUCCUUGGAUGGUCUUCGUUGGUAUUGUUAAUGAUGGAGAUGCCAGAGGUGUUGGCGUAA